UUUUAACGACAAACUACCAUUCAAAAAUCGGCCACAGAACGAACGAUAUACCCAAGCAACUCCACUUUAACGAUCGUAGUUCGUAAUACACCGUGAUGUAUAGAAUUUCAGUUCGAAUUUCGAAAUAAUAAGAAAACGAACUUUUCGCAGAAAGUGAAUGUUGAUUUUGAUUUGUUCUUUUAGAAAAACAUGGUCAGUGCAUAAGUUAAUGUGUAACGUUUAAUAGUUAAAUGGCAAAAAUAAAGCCACCAAAUAAUUAAAUUGUAAAAUUAAAUCAGUGGGAUAAUGGAAAUUUGUUGUAUUGCUUAGAUACGAUAACGACAUCGAACUCGUCAAAUGAAAUGUACGUGUAUGUUCCCUAAUGAAGGCGUCCCUAAUGAAAACGACAAAGAAAGUUAAAUACCGUGGACAUUUGCAUGUGUUAUUUUUAUUCCUUGUUUUUGCAAUUUCGUCCGAAAUUUGUCAUGGAUACAAGGAUAUUACGGUUGAAUAUGAGUUCGGGUGCACCUGGUUAGGGGGAAGCAUGAGUGGCACUCUCACAUGCUCCUGUUUUGAAGGAGCUAAGGAAAUGUAUCUUCAAAAAGGAGACAUUCCAUCCUUUGACACCUUCGCAAUUAACAUAAAGAACUGCAACUCAGUAAAAUUCGGUAGUGAAGUCAUAGCUACUUCGAGAAACUUAAGAACAAUUCAACUUGCAAAUAUAAAUAACUUGAAUUUCGAAGAGAGCAGUUUAUUUUGGGACGGCUACGCGGAAAACAUAAAUCCCUUUAGCUAUGCUCAAAGUCCUGAGUAUGCUGACAGGACCAUGCCGGGACUAAAGAUUUCCAUUAUCAACUCGACAAUUCACGACAUUGCGCGGUACACGUUUAAGGGACGAAUGAACGAGAUUGUGUUUAAAAACGUUUCAAUAGAUCAAAUAUCAUCGUUUGCCUUCACGUCUUUGGUUCAGACCGUCAGGGUGGAAUUUAUUGAUACCGCGUUUAAAACCAUCCACCCGCAAGCCUUUAAAAAAUUUACAACAAAUAACUUGCUGCUUUCUGGCGAUAGUUUCGAAAGUGUACCGAGCAGGGCGUUUUCCGAAGUGGUAGUUUUAGAAAGUUUCUCUAUAAAAAAUUGCAAGUUUUCAAGAGUGUAUUCCAGUGCUUUUAUCAUAAAAGACCCUAGAUAUUUCGAUAUCCUCAACUCGCAAUUCGAUAUACUUGACGGGGAUGGCUUCAAAGUAACCACCAGAGGAGAUGUAGGCGUUAAAGGUAAUAUUUUCAAUAUAACAAACGGCGGUGCCUUUUUGGGAAUCCAGUUAAAUAUGGAACAAGUGGCUGUAGAACAAAAGUUCAUUUUCGACAAUGACACUUUCAAUGCACUCCACGGUGACACCUUGGUAGUAGACAGCAUAGGAUUUCAACCAGUCUACACCAACAUAUUUUUGAACCAACUGUGCGACUGCUGGGUAAUUGAGGAUAAGAAAUUUUUUGACGAGAUAAAGUGUUUGCUUGAAAAUGGCGAGCGGGUUACCAUGAAGGAGUAUAAAGACCACAACUGUUCGGUAUUUUCAGGCAUUUCUCUGGUCAUAAUUGUUGUUGUUGUGGUUCUAACGCUAUUAGUGAUAAUCGUUCCUAUAGUUGCGGUUUACAUAAAAAGAACGUACAAAGGGACGAAACAAAAAGAGUAUAUAAGUGAUAAAAAUGGAAAACCUUUAGCUUUAAUUUUACCAGAUGGACGAACUUAUAAAGAAACAGAACUUCAUGUGAUUGUUGAAAGAACUGAUCUAUUGACAACUGAUCUUUAGGGUAAAUAAUCUAAUGAAUUUGGAGAAAAUGAAAGUAAAAUGGACUACAAUAAUUGAACCUUUAAGCCUACAAAACAAUGUUCAAUUGUACAUAACUAUAACUGCCGUGGUAGACAAUUAUUAUUUUAGAAAAAAUGUUCGGGCCAACGAUUAUCCCUUGUAAAUAUCAAAAUCUUUGUUUGUACCUACAAGAUGUCAAAUUUGUAAAGUUAGAAACAUAAGCGUGCACUUCAACCAUAUCGGAAUACGUUUAUUUUAGAAUUUGGUUGGAAGCAAAAUACAUCACGUAAAUAAUAAAGAGAUAGACAGAUUAAUUUUUAACAUUAUAAAUAAUGUGUCAAAAUUGCUAAUCGUAAGUUGGAAAGGAUGAUUGCUUGCACCUUACCACAGAAAGCUCAUUUUUUAUUGACUCACUAACCAUGUGAAGCAUGGUUGACCAUUUGGUAUUUCACAAACCUUUGUUCGGUAAAUUGUUUAACUACAGAUAGGCAUGCCAACUGUACAUUGAGUGGCAAUACAGAACACUACAAGAUAAAUUCAUAUUUGCUCCUUUUUUAUUAAUGUAACACAAUUUUCGAGAAAACACUCAUGUAAACGAACAAUUUAUUAAAACUUCUUCCUUUGUACUAUCUUCCCUAAUGUUGAAUUAUAACUUUUUCAAUGAAAAACGACCAAAGGGGUGAAAUGUUAUUUAUUUCAUUUUAAUCUUAAACCGACGUUUCGCUUUUUUGGUCGUAGGUUUUAUCAAGGUGGAGACGGACGGAGACAUAGAGAACUUGUUUUGUAUAAUCAAAUUAUGAAUUAACACGCAAUUUAAAAUAAUUAAUUAAAGUUAAAAUAACAAAUAUUAAUAAAUAAUGAAAAUGCAACUGGAUAAAAUGACAACCACAAUUAAAACUCAUCCUUUUGGUCGCUUUUCGUUAUAACAGUUAUAAUUUAUUUACCUAACAGCGGAUGAGAUAAAUACAAACGAAGAACAUUUUACGUGGUAACUGGCGAGAGAGAAGACGAAGUGAAGUCAUGGUGUCAGCUUUUCAAAUUGUAUUAUUCAGAUGCAAGAAAUAAAAGAACAUUUGGCAUUUUUUUUAACUCAAAAAGGUACUGUCCAUUUUAACAAUGGGUAGUUGCACCUGCAACAACGUUCUAAAACAUGUUGCUUGUUUUAUAAGAACUAAUUUAGCUCAUUUGGGACGUACUAUUUUUAAUAUAAUGUGCCUUAGUUCCUAUAAUAUUUCUAGAUGUAAAUAUAACAUAAACACGUCCAAUUUUUUACUGCUGUAAAAUCUACUAGCUACUUAUUAAGUAAUAAGAAAGCUGGAAAUGAUAUGGUUUGUAUGUAAUUAUCAUUAUUGUAAAUUUUCUUAAAAAUAAUCCGAUGUCUAGAUAUUUAAAAACUCUGCUGUGACUAACAGGUGAGUUAACAAAAAUGAUUAGAUAUGUAUUUUAUGUUUACUUAUUUUUUGUUCGUUUCCAUGUACUUAUAUGACCUUCAGUCAUUUGGCAAUUUUUCUGAAGAUUACAAAAGAAAUUUAUUUACUCUGUUUUGUUCAUUUGGUAGUGCAUGCAAAUAUAUUUUAGGAAUACUUGUAUCUAAUUUAUCAGCUGUGAUA